AUGUCAACUCAAGAUGACACCAUUCGGGCCCAUUGGCGGUGCUUCAUGGCAUGUGGUAUCAUGGUAUUGUCGCCUUUUCAGUAUGGAAUCGACUUUGGUUUGAUUGGUGGCUUCCAGGCUAUGCCAGGCUUUCUCGAAGUGUAUGGCUACAGAACAAACACGACAAAAAUCGGCUGGAAUAUCUCAACUACUCGUCAGCAGCUGAUAUCGUCCUUAAUGACGCUAGGUGCCUUUAUCAGUUCUGGCACCGCUGGUUUUAUUGCAGCUAAGCUCGGUAGAAGAGCGUGCCUUUGGCUUGCCUCUUUGCUGUGUAUUGUGUCAACAAUCAUCAUGAUGACCACUGACACUAUUGAGCCCCUUUACGUGGGCCGGUUUCUCAUCGGAUUGGCCAAUGGUUAUUUCAUGACCUUCUCGCAGCUCUAUAUACAAGAGUGUAGUCCUGCUAAAUAUCGAGGCCUCUUUCUGACCGUCUUCCAAUUUUGCACUUCAAUUGGCACGCUGAUUGGCACUGUUGUAGACUGGGCCACGCAGAAACGGCCUGAUAAGUCAGCGUAUUUGAUCCCCUUAGGGAUUAUAUACGUUUUGCCCGUCUUCUUGAGUAUCGCAAUGCUCUUCAUUCCGGAAUCACCGCGAUGGCUCCUCUUACAGAACCGAGUUGAGGAAGGCCGAAAGUCACUAACCUGGCUCCGACCUAAAGGGUUUGAAAUCGAAGACGAGAUCGUAGAGAUCCGAGCUGCGAUUGAUAAAGAACGCGAAAUGGGAGGAAGUGUCGGCGUCUUGGAUAUGUUCAAGAAUCCGAUUGACCGAAGGCGUACUGGGUUGUCAGUUGCCGCUGUCACGCUUCAAGCUGCGUCGGGAUCGAUGUUUAUUAUUGCAUACAAAGCCUAUUUCUUCACAAUGGCAAAUGUGUCAGAUGCCUUUGCGAUGUCCAUCGUUCUAAGCGUCACGGGACUUCUGGCCAUCUUCAUUAACUCUUUGAUUGUCGUUCGCUAUGGACGGCGUCGCGUCCUACUGAUGGGCGGGCUCAUCGGUUGUGGGAUUUUACAGCUGAUCAUUGCAAUCGUUUAUGACAAAAACCCGAAGGCCACUGUGACAGGUCAAGUCCUCGUGGCUCUGUCAUGUUUGUAUCUUAUGACGUACAAUGGUAUGAUAGCUAGCUACGCUUGGCUGUCGGGUGGUGAGCUGCCAUCCCAAAGACUACGCAGCUAUACAUUCGGUCUAGCUGCCGCCGUCGGCUUCCUCGGCGCAUGGAUCACGACAUUUACGGCGCCAUACUUCAUUAACCCCGAGUCUCUCAACUGGGGCCCUCGAUACGGGUAUAUUUGGUUCCCUUCGUGCGUUGUAUCUGCUUUAUGGGUCUUCUUCUUCCUGCCAGAGGUCAAAGGGCGCACACUGGAGGAAAUUGAUGAAAUGUUCGCGGCCAAGCUUCCAGCCCGUAGAUUCAGGUCGUACGUAUGUCGUGGUAUUGCUACUAGAAUUGAGAAGGAGAAAAUCACUGCAGACCACCAAGAAACUGCUUAA